GGUGGGGAGGGCGGUAGGGAGGGAGCGAAAGAGAGAGAGGAGGGAUAAUGAAAGAUAAUAGCGAGAAUGAAAAAAAAACGCAAAAGGAUAAAUUAUUGAGAGAAAUAGAGAAGAGGAUUAUUCCCAUGAGUCCUGAGUCCGGCCGGGAUAGAGACACAGAGCAUAGGAACGUCAUGUUGGUGAGGAACAUCUGGAAUACGCUGGUCGCAGGGGGAGCUCAGAGCCACUGAGGGUUUAAGGAAUGGGAGAUGGGAAGAGCCCCAAUGCAUUGUGGGUCAUCGGAAAUACCAUGUUGCUUCUGUUUGGAAUGUUGGUCACAGUGCACCCCUCUCUCUCCCAGGCCCCGCCCCCUCUCUCCCUGCCCGCCUUGAUCUCCGUGGCCCCGCCCCCCUGGCGCUACCUGGCCCUGUCUCAGGCCGAGCUCGGCCCCCUCUUCUCCAACUCCAGCCCCUUCUCUUACUCCCAGAGCCUGCUGAUGGUGCCCUCGCCUGGGCACACCUCCAAACCGCUGCUCAGGGCUUCCUUCGGGCCUUACUCGGUCACUGAGAUGGUUUCCGAGCGCCUCCCUCCCCUGUCUCCUCCUCUCUGGGCCUCCCUGCUGUCAGAGGGGGUGGAGCUAGGGCCAGGGGGGCAUGGAGGGGCGGGGCCCUACAAGGUGCGGGUUCUGUUCCAGGUGAGGGGGGUGGGCUGGGCCCCGGGCUCCUGCCUCACCCUCCACGCCUUCAGGGAGACCCAGGAGCACCGCGCCUCCUGCCUCACACAGCCUCCUCUUGGUGUGUGCACAGUCACUCUCACCCUGCCCAGCGAUUGGUUUGCAUCCCAACACAUUGACCAACCAUAUCUUGGCGUGCACAAACGCCAGAGACACGCCCACCACCGCCAGCGAGCUCAGCGCCAUCGCUACGGACACCGUGUUCCCGGGCCCCUAGAGGCCCCCAAACCCCCGGUGGCCCCAGGAGACCGGGUCCAGCUCUACUACUCCUCCUCGGGGCCCGACCAGAAGGCCUCCCCUGGCAGGUGUAGGGAGGACAGGGUUUCCCAGCGGCAGCUCUUCUUCUUCAGGUCGGUGUUCCUCAGACCGGAGGGCAGACGUCUCGUCAGGAACACAACCAGAGAGGAGGAGGCUUGUCUGGGUGGACAGGAAGGGGAGGAGCUUCACUUGGAUUCCAACGUUCUGAUUCGCUACAUUAAGGGGCCAAUCAGAAUAGGGCAGCCGGCGGCCGUGUCGGUCAGCCUUAAAGGGAACCCCAGUGUCACCAUCAGGUUGAGGGUGAAGAGGGGUCUGGUUUCCAUGGCAGCCAAGAGAACAUUGACCUCUGACCAUUGGGCGGUGACCCUGGAGAGAACGCAUGGAGCUAAACAUGAUGUCAUCUCUAUCGUCUGCCAAACAAACACACUAAACUCACACACACCAUACCGACACACACACAGCACAUCUCUCUACCAGCAGGUGGCCUGUUUGUCUGUAGAGGGUUUGAAGUGGAGUUUCGGCGUUGCCAUGACGGUAAAUGCUAAUUGGUGGGUGGAGUAUUCAGGGCGCAGUACCCGUCCUCCGGCACAAGGGGCGGUGCUGAGCAGCUUUUCGUUCACAGAACAGCCAAUCCUUGGCAUAGCGGCGAUCACUGAGACCGACACCAUCAUCAACACGGCCAUCUUGAGCGGGCAGUCCGUGUCACUUCCUGUCACGGUGAUGGCAGUCGGCCGAGAUGGGACGAUGUCCGACGUCACCGCUGCCGCGACCUGUCAGUCCAGCAACGAGAACAUUAUCAAGGUGUCCAGCGACUGCUCCUCCCUCUUUGUGGACGGGAGCGAAUCAGGAGUGGGUAGCACCUGUGUGGGGGUGGAGUUUGGUCUGGGCGCGCUCCGUAGCUCCUUGUGUCUGAGGGUAUGGGCGCCCGCCGUGCCCCUGCACGUCUCUGUCUCAGACCCCGUGCUCAACGCCAUCCAGGGCUGGCGCCACCGCAGCCAGCACGGGUGCUCGGCUGUGUACCAGCGCUCCUCGGUUCAGGUCCUGACCAAGUUCAAGGCUCACGACCUUGAGGGCGGGAUCACACACCUCAUGGGCUCCUCUGAUUGGAUGGUGGAUGUGACAGAGUUGGUCAGUGAUUCGCUCAGAGUGGAGGACCCUCAGGUAGCGUUCCUGGGCAAACAAAACAGUCUGAUUGGUUUAGAGCCAGGAAAGACAACGCUGCAGGUAGUGUCUGGCCAGUGGGAUGGCGUGCUGGGAAGCUGUGACAUCACGGUGACCUCUGACCCUGUGGCUCCCAGCGACCUCUCCGUGCAGCUGGUCAGUGGGCUCGGCAUGUCAAUCACCACCAGCCCCGCCCACCCCUCAGUUGUCACAGCAACAGUCACAGCCUUCAACAUCCUUUACAGUCCUGAUCAGGAGGCGUCGCUCAGCGUGUGGUUGCAGUUUGAUGACGACUCCUCCUCCCUCCUCUCCUCCUUCUCCGGCCUUCCCUUCUCCCUCCGACUCUCUUCAUUGGCUGAGAGCGUGGUCGCCGUGAUGCCUGGCUCCACCCAGCGUGUGGUUGCCCGGGGAGACGGGGGAGGCCCAUUGUUAAGGGCAGAGCUGCUGGUGCCCGAAUGCACAGAACCGCCACUCAACUCCAACUUCCUGUCUGAGGGGGAAAAGGCGGCGCCAGAGGCAGGAACCCGGAGUCUGGCGGGGGGAUCGGGUUGGAUAAGAGUCCACCUGGACCUGGAUCCACUGCAGCCAAUCGGCAGCCAGUAUGGGGAGGGGGAGGAGCUUGAGCUGGACAUCUCGGAUACAUGGGUGGAUGCAAAUGCCGACUUCUAUUCGUCCAAUCAGGAGCUGGACACUGUUGGGAGCGGCAACCAAACCAAUGCUGACUAUUAUGGCGGGAAAAUCCUGGAGCGCGCCGUGUGGACUCCCAGCCAAGAGAGGGAAUGGAGGAGAGGAGAUGAAGAGGGGUGGGGAGGAGGUGGAGAGGAGGAGGAGGAGGAGGAGGAGAGAUGGAGAGGAGAAGUGGAAGAGGCCAGAUGGGGAGGAGAGAUAGAUGUAGGGGUGGGUACACUCCUCUCUCUCGUCUGCCUCUCUUCCCUCCUCUUCCUGGUCAACUGUCUGCCCUGCUCCCUCACAGAGAGGAGGAGGGGGAGGAGGAGCAGGAGGGGGGCUGGAGGAGAGGGCCCAGAGGAGAAGGGAGAGGAGAAAGGAGAGGAUGAGAGGAGAGAGAGUUGUGGAAAGGUAGAGGUGAAGGAGCGAGAGGCGAAGGAGGUUGAGCAGCUGAGGAAAGAGGGAGAGAAUAUGGAGGAGGUGGUAGGAGAGAGUCAGGGGGAGGUGAAGGAGGUGACGAAAGAGGGAGAGAAUAUGGAGGAGGUGGUAGGAGAGAGUCAGGUGGAGGUGAAGGAGUCUAAAUGA